UGGGCUUUAUUGUACAGUUUACUAAAAAUUAAGAAGAUGAAAUUGAUCACAUUUAUAAUCGUGAUGUUUUCACAGCAAAUGGUUUUGAAAAAAUCUGUAUUUGCGGCAAGUAUCCCUGUUCUUCAUCCACUACAUUUUCCACCAGAACUGAUACUUGGAGACAGUUUGGAUAUGGUUUGUAGUUUAAAAAGAGGAAAGAUUCCAAUAACAUUUGAGUGGAAGUUAAAUAACAAAAAAAUUUCUGACAUAUUUGGAGUAGUUAUCAAUACUUCUGAGAGAAAAUCGAGUUUUUCGAUACAAAAGAUUCAAUACGAACAUAUAGGAAAUUAUUCAUGUAAGGCAUACAAUGAUGACGGUUUUGAUGAAGUUAGUGCUGAACUUAAAGUGGAAGGUAUAGUAUCAAACAUAUGUAAAUGACGGAAAUUUUUCAUGUAUAACUAAUCAAUUCAUUUUCAUAGUCUUAUAUUAAGUAAAAUAUAAAUUUAGAUCAUAUAUUAUGAUCAAAAAUAUUUUUAUACCUCUUGUUGAAAAUUACCCAAUUUUUUUUA